AUGGGUAUAUCGGAUACCAUCGCAUGUCAACAACAGUUAGAGAAAAUCGUGAUUUGGAAUUCGCCAAAUACUAUGACUGUUUGUAAUGAUAAAUUAAAUGAAAGUGAAAUGUACAGUUUGGAUGGUUGUAUUGACAAUGAAUUAAGUAAGCAAAUUGGAUCCGAUCCCGUAACAAAACCCGAGUUGAUUGAUGGUAUUGAAUGGUAUGGUGGCUGA